AUGACACGACAGCUGAAGAAUGACAUCUAUGGAGUUUACCACCUGAGUCCUCCAGCAGAGCUGAACGACAUUAAAACGACAGUUAUUAGACCGGCCACAGAAAAGCACAUCAAGAAAUAUCUCCACCAGGAGGUCUACUUAAUCCAGGAAUCAGGGGAGGAUUAUAAGAACAUCACAUUACCUUUCAUAGAGUCUCAGAGCUUUAGCAUACAGUGGGUCUAUAACAUUCUGGAGAAGAAGGCAGAGGCUGACCGCAUUGUAUAUGAGAACUCAGAUCCAGAUAAUGGCUUCAUACUCCUUCCUGAUUUCAAGUGGAAUCAGAAGCAGGUUGAAGAUUUGUAUCUUAUCGCUAUAUCUCAAAAGAAAGGAAUUAAGUCUUUGCGUGAUCUCACCGCUGACCAUCUUCCAUUGCUCAGGAAUAUCUUGAAGGAAGGAACGGAAGCAAUUCUGAAGCGUUAUGGGCUCCGGGGAAACCAGCUUAGGAUAUAUCUGCACUACCAACCAUCAUACUACCACCUGCAUGUACAUUUCACCGCACUGGGCCAUGAUGCACCUGGGAUCACUGUGGAACGGGCCCACUUGCUUUAUGAUGUUAUCCAGAACCUAGAGAUGGACUCUCGAUACUAUGAGACCCGAAUGCUAACCUACGCACUACGGGAAGAUGAAGCACUGCUGAAGAGUUUUAAAGAAGCUGGAAAAUGCUAA